UGUGUGUGUGUGUGUGUGUGUGUGUGUGUGUGUGUAGCUGGCCCCAGCGUCAUGGCAGCAGGGGUCACUGGGAGUGUGUCCGUGGCUUUACACCCUCUGGUCAUCCUCAACAUAUCUGACCACUGGAUACGAAUCCGCUCUCAAGAGGGACGACCGAUGCAGGUGAUUGGUGCUCUGAUCGGGAAGCAGGAGGGCAGGAACAUCGAGGUGAUGAAUUCCUUCGAGCUGCUGUCUCACACCAUAGAUGAGCGUGUGCAUAUCGAUAAGGAGUACUACUACACCAAGGAGGAACAAUUCAAACAGGUGUUCAAAGAAAUGGAGUUCUUGGGCUGGUACACCACAGGAGGACCCCCAGACCCCUCUGAUAUCCACAUUCAUAAACAGGUGUGUGAGAUCAUCGAGAGUCCUCUCUUCCUGAAGCUCAACCCGAUGACCAAACACACCGAUCUUCCUGUUAGUGUUUAUGAAUCUGUGAUCGACAUCAUCAGCGGCGAGGCCACCAUGUUGUUCGCCGAGUUGACGUACACGCUCGCCACCGAGGAAGCCGAGAGAAUUGGCGUCGACCACGUUGCUCGAAUGACAGCCACCGGCACCGGAGAAAACUCUACAGUGGCUGAACAUUUGAUCGCCCAGCACAGUGCGAUAAAGAUGCUGCACAGCCGGGUGAAGAUCAUUCUGGAGUACGUGAAGGCGGUGGAGGCAGGAGAGGUGCCAUUUAACCACGAGAUCCUUCGAGAAGCUAACGCCUUGUGUCACAGACUGCCGGUCCUCAGCACCAUCAAAUUCAAAACGGACUUCUACGAUCAAUGCAACGACGUGGGCCUCAUGGCGUACUUAGGCACCAUCACCAAGACCUGCAACAGUAUGAACCAGUUCAUCAACAAGUUCAACGUCCUGUACGACCGACAGGGCAUCGGCCGCAGGAUGAGAGGACUCUUCUUCUGAGGCGGGCGGCGGCGGCGGAAGCAGAGAGACGAAACGAGCACUGCAGUUUGUUUGUUUUCUCUGUUUGUGUUUGUUUGUGUUUUGAUCAUCAGCAGAAACAAACACUUAAAGCACCAGUAGCUUUUCAAAGCAGUUUACCAUUUUCAACCACGAGGUCAGAGGUCAACACAUCGAUCAGUUAGAGCGGCUCACAGACUCCUCCUCCACUGUACAUGUUUCAUUGUGUUCUUCUGUUUCUGUAUGUAAUAAAUGAUCUGCUGAG